AUUUCGAACUUGAGUUGCGCUUGGGCCAUAAGGAAAAAAUGCUGCUUGACAAACAGUCCGCCAUAUUUAUUAAAAUCCAAUAGUACAUAAUUCGUGGUUAAUCAGGCAGCAAUUUACAGUCCGUAAAUUUUGUUUUUUUAAGUUUAUGUCGUUCGACAAAUUUUAUUAAGAAAAACAAAGCAAAGUUUCAGUUUUCUUCAGUUUUAAUUUUUGUUUUUUUAAAACAAACAAAUCGUACAUAAGCGAACGUACAAAGAAAACGGAAAAGCACCGAACGAUAGAGAUAGAGAAAAAAAAGAAGAAAUACGACGAGAAGUUGAGCAGCAGUUCUAACCAUAAAUCGACAUCGUUCAGUUUUUCAUUUCGUGGUGUUGUCUUUUUUAAAUUCACACUGUGAAACACGCUGCAUCUACUUGUGCAAAGAGAAUUACAUCGCUGAACAUCGAUUUUAGAAACGCUCAAUUAACACGAGCACACGACUCGAAUUAAGAAGCCAAGAGCUCAGAGUUAAAAAAGAAACAAUUUAACUUUUCAAAUACAGAAUUAAAAAAAAGCAAAUAUGUCAGAGGCAGUGGAUAUUGACCCUAUAAUUUCAAAACUAUUGGAAGUACGUGGCGCACGACCUGGAAAAAAUGUUCAGCUUAGUGAGGUAGACAUUCGAAAUCUAUGCCUUAAGUCACGUGAAAUAUUUCUGUCACAGCCAAUUCUGUUAGAAUUGGAAGCUCCGCUGAAAAUAUGUGGUGACAUUCACGGACAGUAUUACGAUUUGCUGCGUUUAUUCGAAUACGGUUGCUUUCCGCCACAAUCAAAUUACCUAUUUUUAGGCGAUUACGUUGAUCGUGGAAAACAAUCACUUGAGACGAUAUGCCUGUUAUUGGCAUACAAAAUUAAAUUCCCGGAAAAUUUCUUCUUGUUACGGGGGAAUCAUGAAUGCGCUAGCAUUAACAGAAUUUAUGGAUUUUAUGAUGAGUGCAAACGUCGCUACACUAUAAAGUUAUGGAAGACGUUUACAGACUGUUUUAACUGUUUGCCAGUUGCUGCUAUUGUUGAUGAGAAAAUCUUCACGUGUCACGGUGGACUCAGUCCUGAUCUUGCUUCAAUGGAACAAAUACGUCGAAUCAUGCGACCAACAGAUGUACCAGACCAGGGUUUGUUGUGCGAUUUAUUGUGGUCAGAUCCAGACAAAGAUACGAUGGGAUGGGGUGAAAAUGAUCGUGGUGUUAGUUUUACAUUUGGUGCAGAGGUUGUAAAUAAAUUCCUUCAGAAAAACGAUUUCGAUUUGAUAUGCCGAGCUCAUCAAGUUGUAGAAGAUGGAUAUGAAUUCUUUGCCAAGCGACAACUGGUAACGUUGUUCUCAGCUCCAAAUUACUGUGGUGAAUUCGACAAUGCAGGAGCCAUGAUGUCCGUAGAUGACUCAUUGAUGUGCUCGUUCCAAAUUUUGAAGCCUGCCGAUAAACGUAGAUUGACAAUGAAUAAAAGAAAAUAAACAAAUCAAUCCCCCCACGCGGUUCAAAUGAAUUUCCAUAACGCACAACACACAAACAUGGCAGCAAUAACUAUCCAAUAAUGAACAAAAACAAACCGAAAUAAAAAAAAUAGAGAAAAAAUAAAACAAUCCAAAAUGCAUUGUAAGCUUACAUUUAAACAGAAAAACAUUUAGCAUAUGUGUCGUAGCGAAUUUCAAUCAGGCGAGAAGAACAUGAAAAGAAAAAUGAACAGAAAGCAAACAAAAGAAUAAAAAAAUUAAUAAAAUCACAUAGAACAGAGUAUCGAAUGAUUAAGAAAGUGAAACAAAGAAGCUACUAUUACCAACUAAACUGUAUGCAAAAAUGAAAUACACACACACACGCAAACACAAACACACAUGAAACAAAAUAGAACAUUUUGAGAUCAAGACACAGACACAGACAGUCAAUGAGAUCGAUGGCUGACCGAGUGACAGAGAGAGUAAGGAUCAGAAUGGUGAAACUAUUGCUAUUAGCUGAAACUAAUUUAUGGAAAAUCAUUGAAGAGUUAAACAAAAAUCCAACAAAUUGUAACAAAGAUACAACAAUAAAAAAAAACAAGCAAACAACAUAUUAAAAAUACUAUAAUUAAACUAAUAAUUGAUGAACGAUAUUUAUUUGAAAAUAAACUAAACUAAAUGAGAAAAAAAAAUAAAUUAAAAUGUUGUAGUAACAAUUGUAAUAGAUACAAAAAAAAAUAAUAAUUAGCAUUCAGCAUAAUGGCACCUGUUCAUAAACACAUUCAACAGGCCAAAGAAUACCAAUUCCAACCAAAUCAUUCGUUCCACACAAACAAAUAUGUUUUUGUUCUCUUUUUUGCCAACAAAUAUAUUCUCUUCUGUUUUUAGAAAACCUGUUCAAUCGCGCGGAUGAAUCAAUUUUAGGCAUUUUCAUUUUGUUCACAAAAUCCCAAAUAAACAAUAACAAAACAAAUUGAAUCCUCGCAUCUUUUUAAUUCAGUUUUUUGCAUAGAAUUCAUUUUAAGAAAAUAUGUAAAAAAAAUAAUAAAUAAAUAAAAUAAUAAUAAAAUAUAUAGCAGAGAAUCCACUCACAUCCACAAAAAAACACACACUGAGAGACACAAAGAGCAGCAUGGAAAUUUAAAUUGAAUGGAAGUACACAACAACAACAAAUGAAAAAAAUCCAAUUAAAGGCGAAGAACUAUAAUGAAUGAAAGAAAGAAAAAACGAAGAAAAAAAACGUUAAAACUAAUUCAACAAUAAAAACAACAAAAAAAUAUAUUAUAUUAUGAAUAAUUAAUUAUGUAAUUCUAUGUAUUAGACGAAAGAUGGACGAGAUGGAGCUGAGAUAAAAAAAAAAUAAAUGCAAAAACAAAUGAGCAAAUAAAAUAGGUUUUAAAUUAAAAAAAAAGUUAUACAAAAACUGAAUGAAACUAAUAAAUGUGUAGUUCACAUGCCAUUCAUUGACACAUCAAUAAGUAAAAAUCGCGGGAUCAGCGUGCAAGAAACGGAGGCGAUUUAUUUUGUGAAUGAAGAUCAUUGGAAAUCCCGUCGUCACCGCAUAUUAUUUUCGCCACACAAAACAAAUCAAUUUCCGAUUUUCCAUCGGAUCACGACGAAUUUCGUAUCACACACACAUACAACACACUCAAUGACAUCAGCAAUUUCAGUCGAGUUUCAAUAUUAGAGCAAGGAAUGGCCAGCGAUCUUCAAUCGAUGCGAUCAGAUUUACAUAACACAAUUCUAUUAAAUCAAGUGAAAAUUGAUAAAAUCUAUUGUAUAAGUAACAGAGUUUCCAACAACAAUAACAACAAAUAAACACUGAAAAAUUUAGCCGAUAAUCAA